AUUAUUUGUCAACUAAGACAAAGGACACUUCCUACCUCCUUCCUCAUCAUUGUGCUCGACCAACCCCCUCCAAGAAGAAGAAAAUUGAGCUCUCAAAACACUCUCCAUUGCUACAGCUCGAGCUCAAGCCAUAGAGGCCCAAGGAGGAAGAUUUGAGAAGGAAAAAGUUGAGAAAAGUGUGAUUAAUUAAGGAACUUGUAAAGGGUAUUUCAAGUGAUUUCACAAAGUUGGAAAAGUCGCCGGAGUUGACCAAAAGUCGCCGGAGUUUCACCGGGGUUCAACCAAGAAGGGUAGAACUUCAUAACGCUAGUUUCAAGGUUGAAGCUAGGGCUUGCUACCUGCACCUUCUUACGGGUGAUAUCAACUUCAGGGAGACGUGAAAUGGAGGGCAGGCGAAUGGCAACCAGGAACAAUCCGAGGGGGCAGGCGCCGGUAGCAUCCCAAAGGGGAAGCUGGGCUGCAUCUCGGGGUUCAAGAGGAGGCCGUGGAAGCCGUGGAGGUCAUAGGGCUCAAACUGUGAGCGACGGCCAUGUUAGUUCGGUGUAUGAAACCAACACCGAAGACUACGACUCUACAUAUGUUCCGGAAAUGGAGCAUGAGGAGACCCCAUAUGAUGGGGGUGACACGUACACUGACGAUGAUGAUGAAGAGAGUGAUGCCAUUCAACCAAAGAUCAAUAGAGCAGCUGAGUUUUUGGCUUAUCGAAACACCUCAAUUAAAACCAAUAAUCAUCAUUUUAAUCAUUUUGUCGGUAUUCUCAAGUUUGAUGCUAUUAGUUAUCCGUAUGUUUGUUUAAUUUAGAAUAGGCUUUGGUUUGGUCUUCC